CUCAACUAAAACUUCUUCCCAUUUCUAAAACAAACACAUUCAUCAUGAGUAUCUCAGAUAGCUCAUCGUCUGGAGAAGAAGAAAACGAAGAGUACGAAAGGUUUCACCACCUACGUUUGAGUUUGAUCGGUCGGAGACUGGCUGAAGGUGCAUCAAGUCGCCGUCAAACUACAAGCCGACGUCACAUUGAUCGUGAGAGGGUCGAAUGUAAUCGAUGUCUUAUGAGGGAUUACUUCGAUCCAAAUCCAGUAUACAAUGCUCGCAUAUUCAGAAGGCGCUAUCGGAUGCAACCAAGAUUAUUCCAUCGCAUUUAUGGGCGACAUUGUGAGGUUUGACCCCUCAUUUGCUCUAAGGCGUGAUAGCUUUGUUCAAUUGUCACUAUCUCCAGAGCAGAAGCUUACUAGUGCGAUGCGCAUGCUAGCAUAUGGUUCUCCAGCUGAUCAACUUGAUGAGUAUGUUCGUAUGGGUGAGAGCACCUUGAUGGAGGUCUUCAGAAAGUUUUGCAACAACAUUAUCAACAUGUACGGAGCCACAUACCUUCGCGCACCUACUCCUGCUGAUUUAAGGAUCUUACUCCGUAAAGCCUCAAGUAGUGGCUUUCCUGGAAUGAUUGGAUCAAUUGACUGCAUGCAUUGGGAAUGGAGGAAUUGUCCAAGUGGUUGGGCAGGACAAUACACCGGCCACAUGCAUAGGCCAACAAUCAUUCUGGAGGCAGUGGCCUCCUACAACACAUGGAUAUGGCAUGCUUUCUUUGGGACACCUGGAUUGAACAACGAUAUAAAUGUUCUGGGGAUGUCUCCAGUGUUUGAUCGUAUCGUCAAUGGAAGCGCUCCACAUGUACGGUUUGAGGUAAAUGGUCAUGCUUAUGAUCAAUGUUAUUAUUUGGCUGACGGUAUUUAUCCCUCAUGGUCGACUUUAGUGAAGACCUUCAGCAAUCCAAGGUCAAACAAAGAGGCUUUGUUUGCUCAACAUCAAGAAGCACACCGCAAAGAUGUAGAGCGGGCAUUUGGAAUCCUCCAAACAAGAUGGGCAAUUGUUCGUGGCCCUGCAAGAGCUUGGGAUGUUGUCACACUUAACAAUAUAAUGGUGACGUGCAUUAUAUUACACAACAUGAUAAUCGAGGAUGAGCAGGUUGAUUCUGAUGACGAGAUGGAUGAUGACCUUGAUUAUGAGGUCCAUGCACAACCUGAACCAAUCAACCGACACCAAUCAACUCUAAUUGAUUACUUGGCUAGAAAUAACAGGCUUUGCUCAUCUACAACACAUCAUGCGCUUAGAAAUGACUUGGUUGAGCAUCUUUGGAAUUUGCACGGCAAUAUCUAGCAUUGUUUUACUUCAUGUUGCUUGGUUGUUUGUAUUUCAAGUUUCAGUGUGUGAUUGUAUUUCAUG